AUGAAGGCUGAUUGGCAUAAGGCAGUACUGCUUACACUAGGUUAUAUUUACUCUGGAGCUAAAGCAGACAUCAAAGUUUGGGACCCUUCUGUCGAAUCUGACGAUGACUACAGUACUUCUCGAGUAAAUCCAAGAGUGGAUGGGGAUAAGAAGACUCGAUUGAUUCAAAUACAAGCAAUUGGUGGAUGCAGUGUGGAGAAAAAAUCAACGUGGGGUACUAGCCUCAACUUAUUUAGUUUGAUAAUUAGUGGUGCAGAAAGUGUAGAAUGGGGAGGAGAAGUUUACAGCUUAAAGUUGGGGCAAUCUCCCCACACUGCAACGGAAAUAGGAAAUGGAGAAUAUCCAGACCCAAUUUUCGGCGAUUCAGGUUACAUGAAGAGAAUGAGAGUUCUUGAUAAUUCUCGUAUCUUGAAGUUCCCAGAAUGGGUAUCUACUUAUGCAGAUGAGUACAACUGCUAUGAUGUUUACUAUAUUUCAAAUUAUAUGUGA